CGCUCUGAGCUGCUGCGUCUGCUCAUGCCUGUGUUCAGUCUGCUCAUGCCUGUGUUCACCCUCCGGUGAGAGCGCGGUGGGAGCACGCCGUGGCUUGGCAGGGGUUUCCAAUACCUGCAGGCACCGCCCAUGGUCCUGGACCUCACCUUCAAGACAACUUAGAAACGGCUACUCUCUCCGAUUCCAAAAGAAAGUUUGGACAAAGUAAAUUUGGGGUGGAUUUGGGAGAUGGCAGCUGCUCCCUUUGCUUCCUCGGUGUCACCUCUCAGAAGCCCCCACUUCCAACCUCCUCCAACCUUCCCAUAUUAACACCCACCUCCCAGCCCGCCUUUUCUUUCUUUGAUUCCCCAGCCUCUAUGGGGUCCCGGUUCUGCUCCUUACUCCUUUCGUUCUCUCUGUCCCUGUCUGCUGAACUAUCUCACCUGUUUCCAAGCCUUCACUCCACCGUCACCCCUCACCUCCCUUCUUUCCCUCCACCUCUAACCUUUCUCUCUCACUAUCCAACUUCUUACUUGCACCCACACCGUCCCUCCAUCCACCUUCCCCUCCUUCUCUCCCUCUAAACCUAACCAUGGAUUCUGAGCCUUCUUGGACUGCUACCCCCUCCCCUGGGGGCACCCUGUUUGUCCCCAAUACCACCACACCCUGGCUGGGUAGGGAUGAAGAGCUAGCCAAGGUGGAAAUUGGUAUCCUAGCUACUGUCCUGGUUCUGGCCACAGGAGGCAACCUGGCUGUACUACUGAUUCUGGGCCUCCAGGGCCAUAAGCGCUCCCGCAUGCAUCUGUUCGUGCUGCACUUGGCCCUGACCGACCUGGGCGUGGCGCUUUUCCAGGUACUGCCUCAGCUGCUCUGGGACAUCACCUAUCGCUUCCAGGGCUCUGACCUCCUCUGCCGGGCUGUCAAAUAUCUACAGGUGCUCAGCAUGUUUGCUUCCACUUACAUGCUGCUGGCCAUGACGCUGGACCGGUACCUGGCUGUCUGUCACCCUCUUCGAAGCCUCCAGCAGCCCAGCCAGUCCACCUACCCUCUUAUUGCUGCUCCCUGGCUGCUGGCUGCCAUCCUCAGCCUCCCUCAAGUGUUCAUUUUUUCGUUGCGAGAGGUGAUCCAGGGCUCAGGGGUGCUGGACUGCUGGGCAGAUUUCUACUUUUCCUGGGGCCCGCGGGCCUACAUCACCUGGACCACCAUGGCCAUCUUUGUGCUGCCCGUGGUGGUGCUCACAGCUUGCUAUGGCCUCAUCUGCCACGAGAUCUACAAGAACCUGAAAGUCAAGACACAGGCUGGCAGGGAGGAAAGAAGGGGCUGGCCCAAGUCCUCAUCUUCUGCCGCUGCUGCAGCCACUAGGGGGCUGCCGUCCCGGGUCAGCAGCAUCAGUACCAUCUCCAGGGCAAAGAUCCGAACCGUGAAGAUGACCUUUGUCAUUGUGCUGGCCUACAUUGCUUGCUGGGCACCUUUCUUCAGUGUCCAGAUGUGGUCUGUGUGGGACGAGAAUGCCCCUAAUGAAGAUUCUACCAAUGUGGCUUUCACCAUCUCGAUGCUUCUGGGCAACCUCAGCAGCUGCUGCAACCCCUGGAUCUAUAUGGGCUUCAACAGCCACCUGUUGCCACGUUCCCUGAGUCACCGCGCCUGCUGCAGGGGUUCCAAGCCCCGAGUGCACAGGCAGCUCUCCAACAGCAGCCUCGCUAGCCGCCGCACAACACUGCUGACCCACACCUGUGGUCCAUCUACUCUCCGUCUUAGCCUUAACCUCAGCCUCCAUGCAAAGCCUAAGCCUGCGGGCUCGCUGAAGGAUUUGGAGCAGGUGGAUGGAGAAGCCACUAUGGAGACCAGCAUCUCUUAGAGAAGAGUCCCUGGACUCUGGUUCUGUGCAUCUCAGGCACUGGGAAUACGGACUAGGUGGCUCAGGGAUGGUAGAAAGUAGAGCUUAGUUUGAGGCAGGGUGAGGCCAGAGUAGCUGGUACUACUUUGUCAAGGCAGGGCUUAGUGUGGGUAUGGACCAUUCUCUCUUAAUUUUAGAUAGCUGGAAAUCAGGAAACUCAACCCCCCUGUUCCUGCCACCCUGACAAAGCACCCAUAAGCAUACCCAACUGGUAGAUAUAGUGUUCUAGAUCUAGGACAGCUUAGAUGGUACUGUCAAUGCAGAGACUCAUCUCAUUACUUGACUAACUGUCCCGAUUCUAACCUGACUGGUGCAUCGCAGUGGAACAAGGAGAGGAGAGAAUAGAUUAUUAGAAAGGAGGAUGGGUAAAUGGGACUUCCGGCCACACUCACCUGUCUACAGAAGUGAACUAGUAUGAUGGUGAUGUGGGACCUGAUACCUAGUAGGGAUGUAGUAAAUGCUGGCUCUUCUCCCCAUCACCCUUACCACAGGAUGGGUGGUGUGGGAACACUCUGUGAGUUCUCAGUGGUAUGUUCCACUGCGGCUGAGAUACCCAGAAAGGGGAGAGGGAAGAAGGAAUAGAAAUGGACACAAGAAAGACCAGGGGCAGGAAUAAGUCUGAAAGAACACAGGGCUAGUAUCUCCUUCCCUAGUUCCUCCAGGAACCCAGACUUCCUUCCUCUGGGGCAGUGUGGAACAGACUUAUUGGAAAAAACCCAACAUGAUCAUGGCUCUAGAAAUCCUUGAAGUUUUAGGGAAAGUUGGAAUCAAGAUUUUAAAUCUUUGCUCUACCCUGGGAAGCCACCUCCACUUUCCGGGCCCCUGCCUCAUCAGCAGUGAGAUGAUUCUGAAGUCUCUCUCAGCUCUGGCCUUCUACGGCUUUACAAAACUGCAACUGGGUAAUAGCCCCCAAACACAAAGGGUGUUCUAACCAAUGGGCUCUUAGAAUUGUUUCAUUUCCAUAACGACUCAGUAUACACCUGACCUCAGUUCUGGUAGGUCCUGUCAUGGCUUUGGCAACAGAAGUCUCAGGACAGAGAAAGAGGAGGUGACUGCCUCCUGCCUUGCACCUUUAGCACUGACUCCUGUCCCCCAUCUCCAUGUCUGUUUGCUGCUCUCCAGUUCUCUAGUGUGCAAGGGUUGGAUGUACUCUGACUUCAGUUCUGUAUUGGUGAGUCCUCCUCCAAGGUAGGAAGAGAUAUCAAGGAAAGGUGAAUGCUAGGGCCUUGCCCCAUUCUCCCUAAUAUCUCCAGGGGAACUAAAAUCUUAGGGGAACUUUUCCACCUCAGUUCUGGUUCCAAGGGAAAGCUAAAAUUAUAAAAAACGUACCAGCAAGUAUCAGGUCAGGAGGGCUGGGUCCUGACUCUGUCCUAGCUGUGACCACUGUCAGUAAGACGAUGAGCCUGGAUGUCUCAGGUAUAAGAGUCAAAGUGGGUAUACAUGUGGUUUGCAAUCAUUGCAGAUCUACAAGCUUUGGAGCAAAAUUCCUGGGAACAGCCUCACUCUGCUCAAUCCUAGGGAUGCUUCAAAGAGUGUCUGUGGCUUUGCAAAGAUACUUCUCAUGUGCCUAGUUUUAGUCAUCUUGGAGGAGGGAACAUCAAUUGAGGAGCUGCCUCCAUCAGACUGGUCAGUAGGCAUUUUUUUGAUAGGCAAUUGAUGUGGGAGGGCCCAGCCCACUGUGGACAGUGCCACCCUUGGAGAAGUGGUCAUAGGUUGUGUAAAAAAGAAGGCUGACACGAAAACAUACAUACAAGUAACACCAUACAGACUGAGCAGUUUGUACUCAGGAAUACACAUGUACAUAUAUGUAUGUAACAACAGUUAAUGCAAAAAGGCAAAGGCUUAGAAAAGGAGAAGGUAAGAGUGUAUAGGAGAGUGUAGAGGGAAGAAAGGGAGGGGGAAUGAUGUAAUUACACUAUAACCUCAAAAAUAAAAGAAAUUACUUUAAAAAUUAAAAAGAAAGAAGGGAAGAGUGAAAGAAAGGAAGAGAGAGAGAAGAAGGAGGAAGAGGAAGAAGAGGAGGAAGAGGAGGAGGAAGAGGAGGAGGAAGAGGCAGGCUGAUCAAGCUAUGGAGAGUAAACCAGUAAGCAACACUCCUUCAUUGCCUCUGCUUCAGUUCCUGCCUUCAGGUUCUUGCCUGGAGUUCCUGCUCUGACUUCUUGCAGUGAUGGCGCAUGACCUGUGAAUUAUAAGAUGAAAUAAAUACUUUCCUCCCCAA